UUUUAGUCUUCUUUGUCUAAUAUGAAAACAAAGCGGGUCGUUUUAGAAUGGAUUAUAGCAUACAGUUUUAGUUUAAUAGGGAGAAAGGUUGGAUUGUGUUAGAAUAGAAAUUAAUUUGAUUUUCAAGUGGUACCACUUGGAAAUUAGGCGGAAAGCAUGUAAUCAUAAUGACAUCUCCCACAUUCAUCCUGGAUGAUAUGUUAUAUAUACUAGUCCUUUAUAUGCUUUCACUAGUAGGUAGGAUAUCUAGCUGGCUAACCUGUGGACGUUUGAUGAACAGCAAAGAGAGACGAACAGACAUGUGGCUGCAGUAUUUUCUUGCCUUACUUGUGUUUCUAAAUGUCCAUGCCGACGACAGUGAUUCUUUUUCUAUAUUUGAAAAAUGGAGACUCAAAUGUCAUGUGAAACAGUGUGCAAGGGGAUGGGUAUGCUCAGACACGUCGUGUUAUCAUUUCACGGAACAAAAAGUAACGUUCGCGGAAGCUCUUAGAAUAUGCCGUUCGAUUCGAGCCGAACUGGUGGAAGUAAACGACGAGAGGGAAUUUCAGUUCUUGAGGUCCCAAAGUUACAGCAACAACCUGCCAUCUGACUUCUGGAUUGCCUUUACCGAUUCAUUUGAAGAAGGGAAAUGGAUAUGGGCAAACACAUGGAACAAAGGCUAUUUCACAAAGUGGAUUCCUGGCCAACCUGAUGAUUACCAUCAUUCUGAAGAUUGUGUCCAAAUGUGCCGUGAUUAUGAUUACAAAUGGAACGACCGUCCUUGUGGUGACAGGAGGCAGUUUGUUUGUGAAAAGUGAUGUAAUUUCAAGGUACAGAUCGACCGGCAGAAUUCUAGAUGUUCUACUUCACUUUUCAUUUUGAGCCUCACUACCUUACCUACCGAACCUACUUGACGUGUGAAUGCUUGUAUUGGAGACUGAUUCUCAUCAAGGAAAUACCGCCCUUCGGUUUGCGCAUGCGUGUAAAUUACUUUAUACAACAAAGGGAUAUUCGAUUGCAAUAGUUUUAGAUACAUUUCAUGUUUUGACUUUCAAAUGAUAUUUAACAUUUAAAACGAAGAAAAUGGAAUCGUUUUCGUAUACUUCAAAUUAGUGUAUGAUAAACUACCAACACCACGUGUAUUUGACUGAGACUCCGUAAUCAAUUAUUUACUCUUUAACCCUAUGCUGACGGCUUGAUAAUGUGCAUUCAUUUUACUUUAAAUUUAUAAUAUCUACAGUUUCCUAGUUAGAAGUAAAAUAGUUUGUAAAUGAGGCAUGGUGUGGUUACACUUGAAAUAUUUCGUAGCUUUCCGUAAAAUCUGUCUGACUUAAUCAUAAUAUCGUAUAUUUAUUGACAUUUUCUUUACAAAAUGAAGUAGUUUCUUAGUGCAUGGCUUAAGAGAUGUGUUUUCAAAUCACUACAGAGGAUAGUGAGAGUAAACAUCUGACAAACUAUGCUUAUAAGUUAUGAGAUUACUUACUGACCUACUUAUGAAAUUAUGAUUUUUUUAGUAACGGCACACAGCGAAGUAAAUGCAAAUUGUAACCUAUAACCUAUUGAUAUUUUAACAAGUAAAAUUGUAGGUAACUAUUUGUAACCUCAAUAUUUGUCCAGUAAAUGAGUGACUUACAUGUACUGGAUACUGCGUAACCAGGCAUAAUAAACCAUUAAGUGAGUCAGAAAUUGAAAACCUCUAGAUGUUGAUUGGAUGUUAAGACUAGUAUAACUGUAUCAAGUAAUGGUUUGUGUCAUUAUUCUCAGCAGUGAUUUCCCAGUGAUUUUGUGUGCAAUAAACUUUAUAUGUAGUUUUGUGCUCAGAAAAAAUGCUGUACAGCAAUACGAUAUAUUGCAUCAUAAAUCAUUUUACAAGUUUAACAGAAACCAUGAAAUGUAAUAUUUGGUGAUCUUAAACACUGGUUUUGACACCUGUCAUGAAAAAUUGGACUACACCGAAAACUGUAAAACAGUCUCAACAGCCGAUAUUCUUGGUCGUCAAAGUUGACAAAACAAUGUUAUUUUUAUGAUAGGACUUAUUUCCUCAAAUAUGUCGUUGUUUUUUGUGUUGUAUCAUGUGUUCUUCACUAGUUAAUCUUGUUCACUUCUCUAUAGCUUUCAUGUCAUUUUGAAUAAAUCUGUAAAAAAGCAAA